AUGGUGGAAGAACGAGUUCUUGAUGACAGUAGUUGCAUAGCCGAACCUUUUGAAGUUAAGCUUGAAGAAGAUGAAGAAGACUUCAGGAGCUGUUGCGAGGACGAUGAUGAGUUGAAGGAGGAAGAAGAAGAAGAAGAACUUGUUGAAGUUGGUUCAGAUGAUAGUCUUGAUGAACAUUCGGUGAAAUUAUAUUUCAAAGGAGUUUCCGCUGAUGGGCCCGGUGAUUCUUCUGGUUCGAAACUUUCUGGAAUUGGGGUGUUCAUGGAGAAAUCGGGUAAUGAUUCCCCGAUUCGGGUGCAGAAAAAGCUCGAUUUCUAUGUGGAGGCAUUGAUUGCAGAUUACUUGGCUUUGCUCGAUGGUUUAUCUGUCGCUAUUCAGAAUAAUAUCAGGCGUGUGGUGGCCUUUACUGAUUCUCAAAUCUUGUAUGAUCAGAUAACCCUACACAAUGCUGUAGAUAGCCCUCUUCUCAUAGCCCUUAGAGAAAGGAUCACCGAACAAACCAGCCAUUUCGAAAAAUUCAUCCUAAAACUUAUCCCAAAACCCGAACUGCAAAAAGCAUCCCAACUAGCCCGAAUUGCCAUUGGAAUAGUCUCCUCACCUCCCGAGGAAGGUGGGCCCACCACAACAGAGACUUGCUCCAUUUGCUGCGAGGAAAAGCUCCAGCCCAUGAUGCUUUCAAUUAAAUGCUCCCACAGGUUUUGUUCACACUGCAUGAAAACUCACGUCGAGAAAAAAUUAAAGUUUGCCCAAAUCCCCAUCCGAUGCCCUCACCUAAACUGCAAGUACCGAGUCUCGAUGAACGAGUGCUCGUCUUUUCUGCCCGUGGUGACUUUCAAGUCUUUGGAGAAGGCACUCGAGGAGGCGAACAUUUUGGGCUUGGAUAAAAUCUAUUGCCCAUAUACGAGCUGUUCGGGUUUGAUUGAUACAAACGGCUCGGAGAAUGGCUGCUCGGAGUGCAAUGUAUGUGGGGGGCUUGUGUGUAUCGUUUGUGGGGUCCGCUGGCACUCCUCAAUGACGUGCGAGGAGUACCAAAGUUUGUCGGAAGAGGAGAGAGAAGAUUUCCUGGAGGAUUUGACCUUGCGAAGGCUUGCAACGGAUAAGAGGUGGCGGCAGUGCCAGCAGUGCCAGAGGUUGAUCAAGCUUACUCACAGUUGCUACCAAAUGACUUGCUGGUGUGGGCACGAGUUCUGUUACUCAUGUGGGGCCCACUAUAGAAACGGGCAGCAAACGUGCGAAUGUGCAUGGGAAUACCCCACACAAGAACUACCCCCACUUUAUACUGCCCAAGAACUCCAACAGUUUUUGGCAGGAUUCUUCAGUUUUGCCGAUCAUCAGCCUGACCAAUCACCGCCUCGUUGCACAGAUUCCUAUGCCGAUGCCGUGAAGGAUUUGAUCCAGUUGCCUUGGCUUGAAAGGUUCGUGUCGCUUAUAAGUGAUAACUAUUAUGAGGAUUAUUUCCAGUGA